AACCGUUGGGUAGCUGUAUUCACAUGCCUAACUGUUCGUGCUGUACAUAUUGAGCUGGUGCACAGUCUCUCAACAGAGUCAUGCAUCAUGGCGAUGCGUAGAUUUGUCGCACGUCGCGGCCCUCCACGUGAAGUCUACAGCGACAACGGUACGUGUUUUCAAGGUGCAAGCAAAGAGUUGAAAUUACAACAAAGCACCACCGAGGCCUUAAUGACAACAUUCACUAGUACACAGACCAAGUGGUACUUCAUACCACCAGGGGCGCCGCACAUGGGAGGCGCCUGGGAGCGCCUUGUGCAGUCAGUAAAAAGAGCCAUCGGUGCAGUAGCGGACUCUCCACGAAAACCAGAUGAUGAAACACUAGAAACAAUUUUGGUAGAAGCGGAGUUCAUCAUAAAUUCUAGGCCACUAACCUACAUACCCCUAGAGUCGGCCGACCAGGAAUCACUUACACCGAAUCAUUUCCUAUUGGGUAACUCUAGUGGAUUGAAGAUUCUUCCCUCCGAACCACUGCUUCAACGCGGAGCACUACGAAGUAGUUGGAAGUUGGCUCAAUGGAUCUGCGACGAAUUCUGGCGUAGAUGGGUGAAAGAAUAUUCACCGGUUAUUGCUCGGCGAACCAAAUGGUUUCAGGAAACUCGAGCGUUGAAGGUCGGGGACUUAGUGCUAUUGGUGGGUGGCACGUUGAGAAAUCAGUGGAUCCGGGGACGAAUUGAGCGAACUAUACCAGGACGGGACGGUAGAGUACGCCAGGCAUUAGUACGAACAGCUUCAGGGAUUCUACGGCGACCGGCAGUAAAGUUGGCAGUUCUCGACGUGUUGGAGGAUGGUAAACCUACACCUGGGGCUCCAGAUGGUAUGGACCCAUACCUUGGUUUACGGGAGGAGGGAUGUCACGAUGAAAACCCCUGUUGCGAAUCAACUGUGACCGAUCAGCGUAAGGAUCAACAGUGAGGCCGAUUGUUAGGCAGCUUGAAUGUAGAGGAGAGAAUGGAUAGAGUAGAUGUAGAUACACAUUGCUGUUCAACCUCCUUUGAUAUACUUAUAAUCGAAUGUAAACAAUGAUAUAGCAUUAUCAGUACGAACUAAAGUAACUUAAAGCUAGCAUCCAUUCUAAAUUAACUAAUAUUACUGAACUAUUCUUAAAUAAGUUAUAGUGAAAUCAUUAAAUUGUAUCCUACGGGCAUUGAAGGGUUGCUACAUAGCUAUAACGUAACCAGAGAGGCUCGUAACUGUAACUUCAGUAAUAAG